GAAAGUUUAUGGGAAAAUGAGAAUGGGAAAUUUUUAAUAAGCAAUUUCAAUUCAUGCCCUCUGAAAAGCAAAGUACUGAUUAUUUAAUUUUAGUAACAAUGACCUUAAUUGGGCAAAGGAAAGAUAUUUGGAAUAAUUAAUUAUUUAUUUAUUGGCUACUUUGCAAAAAUAAAUAUUUCCACACAAGUCCUCUCUUUUGCUGCCUUUUUGAAACCCGAGGAUUUUGAAUAAAAAAAUUCAAAUAAAUAAUAAAAAGGACUAAGAAAUUAGCAUAAAGUCUUCUAAAACCCUAAAUCUCAGGUACUGUGUCAAAACCCUAAAUCUCGGCCCUGGUUCGGCUAUUUUCACGCCGAGAAUCGCCUCCUGGACAUUCUAAGAGGAUGGGGCUUUGGAAGUUGCAGGUUUGAGAUUUCAAGUUUCAACUUUUCCUGAGGAAAGUGAAAGAAUGUGCUUUAUGUAGAUGGCUCUCUGAACUUAGGUGGUGGCAUUUGAAGUGUGAACAAAGGGGCAUAAUUUUCACUCAUAGCAUAUGAUUUGAGUGAAUUUGUCAAAAGGCUUCUUCUGACUUUCUUCAGAGAAUGUGACCAUUGAUUGUAGUAUUUAUUUUAUAGAGUAUUGUUCUUUGUAAAAUUGUCAUAUUUUUCACUGUUGGUAUACCAAGGUGGCAGAAACUAGAGUUCAAAAUUUUUUUUGUAUGAGCUGGUGACAAGAUCAGAAAUAGAGAUUUGGGUGUUAAACGACAGAAUCACAGAGCUGCAUACCACUAAGCUAGGCCAGCUUUAAUCUAGUGUAAUCUUACCAUUUUGAUUGAGAUUAGAUUUCCUGGUUUUUGGGACUUUUAUCAUAGAGACAGUAGAAGUAUGCUGAAAGGGGUUUGAGCAGUUAGUGUAGAAGAUCGAUUCGUAUUUCACUGUUCUAGUUUUUUGGUUUUUAUCAUAUGAAUGGAAGGAAGAGAGCCACCUAAUAUGAUGAUGGGCACCGAGACUUAUGGCUCUAGUAUGCAAAAUAGUCCUAUGGUUGCCACCCCUCAGGGAGGUUUGGUUCAGAAUAUGAGGUUGCCCUUUAACACAGUUGUUUCUAAACAAACAGAGGCUAAUGCUCCAUUAAACUACCCAAACCCAUCUGGUGCCAUAGUACCGCAUGGGGCAAGCAUGAGUGAGCCAAUUAAGAAGAAGAGAGGAAGACCGAGAAAAUAUGGACCAGAUGGUAGUGUUUCAUUGGCUCUGGCAUCACCAAUUUCUUCAGUUCCAGGCUACUCUACUACACCUUCGUAUAAACGGAAUAGAGGGCGGCCAGCUGGUGCAGGAGGAAGGAAACAGCAAAUGGCUGCAUUAGGCACUGCAGGAGUAGGAUUUACCCCACAUAUCAUUGCCAUCAUGGCUGGAGAGGAUGUGGCAUCAAAAAUCAUGUCUUUUUCACAACAAGGGCCUCGAGCAAUUUGUAUUCUUUCGGCCAAUGGCGCCAUUUCCAAUGUGACUCUCCGUCAAGCUGCCACCUCUGGUGGGACAGUAACAUAUGAGGGGCGGUUUGAGAUAAUAUCUCUAUCUGGUUCGUACUUGCUCACUGAGAGAGAUGGUAUCCUUAGUAGAACUGGUGGCUUGAGCGUGUCAUUGGCAGGACCAGAUGGCCGUGUUCUAGGUGGUGGAGUUGCCGGGUUAUUAGUGGCAGCAACCCCGGUCCAGGUUGUUGUGGGGAGCUUCAUUGCAGAGGGUAAGAAACCGAAGCCAAAGCCACAGAUCCGAGACCCCUUAUCAGCAUCAGCUUUUGAGCCUAACCAAUCUUCAAGCCCACAUUCUCAUGGCAGCGGCAUGAGUGGUGAUGAGUCUUCAGGGGGUGGUGCAAGCCCUGUUAGCACCCACCAACUUCACCAAUCACAACCAACCGUUGCCAACAAUGGUCACUCUGUCCAAAACAUGCCUUCCUCUUACUCGGCUGUGAACUGGCCGAGUUCUCAAUCUGCAAGAGGCACAAAUCCGACAUAAAGGUGCUCUCUCAAUGGGUUGUUAGUGCUAAAGCUGUCUCUCUCCCUCCCCCUCUCUCUCUCUCUCUCUCUCUCUCUCUCUCUCUCUUCACGUUAAACUAUUGCUAUCUGGCAAUUUCGGCCUUUAUCUAGAUUGCUGGGUUCCUACUCACUAAUGGAGAAACUGAUGAAUCUGAAGAUUAAGCAGAUAAGUGGCCUGUUAGGAGAUUCAUUUGUAGUCUUUUACUUUGAAGUCCGAAUUGUUUCCUUAGGCUUUUGUUGUAGUUUGUGUUGUUUUCAGGUGGUUAUGGACAGUAACAAUAUUGAGUUUUCAUCUGAGGAGGGUUCAAGGCUGUCUGCCUCUGUACUGUUGUGUUUGAUUUCUAACAUGUAUUUCUAUUGCUUAGAUACAUUACUAAUUUUAAUGGAUUGUCUGUGUAUUUGCUUGUGUA